UUAAAAGUGAUUUCAGUGUGGCUAUGAAAUUUAGAAGAGGCUUAUGUCUAAUGUGUAUUCAUUAUUUAUUUUUGCUUCUUAGAGGAAAUCCAAGAUCACAGCCUCACGCAAACUCCUUCUGAAGAGUUUGAUGCUGGCUAAAGCCAAAGAAGAAUGGGAACAAGAGCAAAUAGACAAACAAGGAGAGAAGGAGAGAUACUUGGCUGAGAGGAUCACUCCUUUGAGAACUAGCGGACUUUCAUUUGCCCAGCUCCAGGACCUAUGCAGGGAGCUUCAUGAGAAGGUAGACAUUGUAGAUGAGGAGAGAUACGACAUUGAAGCAAAAUGCAACCACAACACACGGGAGAUUAAAGACCUGAAAUUGAAAGUACUGGACCUUCGAGGAAAGUUCAAGCGUCCUCCCUUGAGGCGUGUCCGUGUCUCUGCAGAUGCCAUGCUAAGGGCUCUGCUGGGUUCUAAGCACAAAGUUUCCAUGGACUUGAGAGCCAACCUCAAAUCUGUCAAGAAGGAAGACACAGAGAAGGAACGUCCUGUGGAAGUGGGCGACUGGCGUAAGAAUGUGGAGGCCAUGUCAGGAAUGGAGGGAAGGAAGAAGAUGUUUGAUGCUGCUAAAUCUCCAACAGGGCAGUGAAAGGUCCUGCAUGGAAAGAUGAGGUACCUUCCCUAUGGUGCCUGAAUGCAUUUCCUUCCUUUCUUUUGCUCCUUGGUGCUUGUUCCUUCUUGCCAUACAUCUCCACACAUUAGCUGUAGAACUGCCACAUUUAUGGACAUUGUUUAAGGGUUGCUAUGAUUUGCAGCUCUUCACGAGCCCAUUAAACCAGCAGUGGAAACACACAGUCACUUGUUAGCAGUAGCCGAUUCAGUGAACAAUGCAGUUGUCCUGCAGUGCAGCAUUCCCUCCAGGGCCAUUUCACCUGUACUGAGGGCAUGGUAGUCCUGAUGACAAAUUUGUUAAUGUGCCAGGAGAAAAAGGAUAUUUUAACAUAGGUGAUUAUCCCACUACAACCAGAGAAGAUAUUCAGACCCAUAUAUUCUAUUAAUUGAACACAACUAAGAAUUUUCUUCUGGAAGUUUUGGUGACCUGUUCUUCUCAUCCAGAAAGUCUUUCUGCUCUCUCCACACCAGUUUGAUGUACAGUUUGGAAGAUGCAACCAUUGUUUCUUUCUGUUCAUUAAAAAUCAGCAGCAUCAAAAACAAAUGAAUAAAACCUAUAUUUCUUUGAA